CACGAUGUCUCUGCCUAUAAUGGAAUUACAAAGGAAGCUCUUGAAGAUCAAGCAAGGCAGCUUUCAAAUCAAUUUAAGGAUAGGGGAGCAAGCAAUGAUACUUUACUUCUUGCUUCUUACUGUCAAGGGGGGCACUGGAUGCUUAUUGUGGUUAACCCUGUUGCUUAAAAAAUUUGGUAUCUUGAUCCUCUUAACGGAGAACCAAGCAAUAGGCCAGAUAUGGUAGAACUUUUUAAUAAAGCUGUGGUCUUGUAUCGAACUGCGACCAACAAGACCUUGUCCCCUAGCUUAAGGGUAUUGGACUCUUGUGAGACAUGGGUCACAGUUAAGUGUCCACUCCAGACAUAUCAGAGCAAUGACUGUGGCUAUUGCUUGAUGAGAUUCUUGAAGGAUAUUAUCACCCAUGCCCCUACCACAUUACCUAACAAAUACUUCGAGGAUGCCUACUGUAUUCAGUAUGCAGCUGCACAUAUAAAGGAAAGCCUUGAAGAGGUAGCUCAAGCUGUGUUUAACAUGUGGAUAGCAGCAGUGGUAAGGCCCAAUUAG